GGUUGACCGUGUGGUCACGUCGUGCCACUACGUCACACGUAAACCAGGGGGGGAAGAUGGCGGCCGCCGGAGGAGAGCCUUCUUCUCACAAUAUGUCGGAUGAAUUAUUUCAAACUUUUAUCUCGGAGGUGAAGCAGAUUGAGAAGAGAGACUCUGUGUUCACCUCCAAGCAGCAGAUUGACAGACUGCUCAGACCUGGCUCAUCCUACUUCAAUCUCAAUCCCUUUGAGGUGCUGCAAAUUGAUCCAGAAGCCACAGAUGAUGAGUUGAAGAAAAGAUUUCGGGCGUUGUCCAUUUUGGUCCAUCCAGACAAAAAUCAGGGUGAUCCAGAUAGAGCUCAGAAAGCCUUUGAAGCUGUGGACAAGGCAUACAAACUCCUACUGGAACCGGAACAGAAGAAGAGAGCCUUAGAUGUGAUCCAUGCAGGAAAAGAAUACGUGGAGCAUAUGGUGAAGGAGAAAAAGAAACAGUUGAAGAAGGAUGGGAAAUCAAUGGAUGUGGAGGAGGAUGACCCUGAAGUGUUCAGACAAGCAGUGUACAAACAGACCAUGAAGCUGUUCGCAGAGCUUGAAAUCAAGAGGAAGGAAAGGGAAGCAAAGGACAUGCAUGAAAGAAAAAGGGCAAGAGAAGAAGAAAUCGAAGCAGCAGAGAAAGCCAAGCGAGAGAGAGAGUGGCAGAAGAAUUUUGAGGAAACAAGGGAUGGGCGUGUGGACAGUUGGAGGACCUUCCAGGCCAAAGGCAAGAAGAGCAAGGAGAAAAAGAACAGGUCCUUCCUCAAGCCCCCAAAAGUCAAGAUGGAACAGAGGGAAUGAUGAUGUAAAAUUGGACUUUAUUAGAUUAAACUCACUGUUAUAAAACCCCCCAGUUCUGUGUAACCUCACCUCGUCGUCCGCAGUCAGCUGUGUAGUCGUCAUCACACAGUCAUCGGGAUACUCAGUACAACUACUUCCUCAUCCUGACCCUGACAAACGUAGUUUUGUACUUGGUUUUUCUAAUGUACAUAUUUGUGAUCUGGACCCAGAGAUCAUACCUGCCUUGUGUAAGAAAGAGAAAAUGAUACAUCUUCCACUUCUGUAACUGAUGAGAAAAAUGUGGUUUGUCAUUAUUUUUGUUCUUUUUCUUUUUUUAACUAAAUAAAGCUUGGUCUUAACAAGCGUACCAUAUGCUAGUCCACAAAGCGGAGUUUAAAAUAUGCAGGAGAGGUAAAUAACAAGGCUUGGAGGGGGAAUGUCUGAAGCUAUGUGACAUUGUUUUUGUUUUCAAUCCAGUUGUCGUUAUAGAUCACUUGACAAGCGAAUACAAUACUGACAGGAUUUACACACGGCACCUUUUAAAAAAAGUCAGAUUCUGAAGAUUUCUGGAAAAUCCACAGAAAUAUUUAGCAUUUUGUUUUAAGUCUGCAGAACAAAUGCAGAUUUUGCAUUUAGUGUCUCAAUACUACUCAUUAGUUCUGCAUGUCUUAAAUGUAUUCCUUAAAAUACUGUGAAUAAAAGCACCUGACUGGU